AUGAUCCUGACGAGUCCUCCAAGAAGUGGAUCCAACAGCGUGGAGGAGAACUGCCAGGGUCACCCCAUCUGUGAGACAGGAGACAUCCUCUGUGCAAGAUAUGAAGUCGUUGCUACGUUGGGUGAGGGGACUUUUGGACAGGUUGUGGAGUGCAUCGAUCACAAGGAGAACGGCAGACAUGUAGCUGUGAAAAUAAUCAAGGAGGCUGAUGGGAGCUCGGAGGAAGCCUUUGCAGAAGUUCGAGCGCUGCGCUACUUACGUGCCCUGGACCCCAGCAGCACACACCACUGUGUCCAGAUGCUCGACUGGUUUGAACACCGAGGCCACGUCUGCAUCGUGCUGGAGCUGCUGGGGCUCAGCACCUUUGACUUGAUGAAGGAGAACGGCUUCCUCCCCUUCAGGCUGGACCACAUCAGGCAGAUGGCCUAUCAGAUCUGCCAGGCUGUGAACUUUCUGCACCUCAACAAGCUGACGCACACAGACCUGAAGCCAGAAAAUAUCUUACUGGCGUCAUCUGCCUACACGGAGGAGUACAAUCCCAGCCUGGGAAAAAAGUGUGACGAGCGCAGACCCAAACAUCCCAGCAUCAAGGUUGGGGACUUCGGGUGCGCCACACGUGAUUACGAACAUCACUGCACGGUGGUGACCACGAGACCGUACCGAGCUCCCGAAGUGAUCCUAGGCCUGGGAUGGUCACAGCCCUGCGAUGUCUGGAGCAUCGGAUGUAUCCUCCUGGAAUACUACCUGGGAUCCCCAAUCUUCCCGGUCAAUGAAGACAAAGAACACCUGGCAAUGAUGGAGAGAAUCCUGGGGCCUUUGCCAAGUGACAUGAUCAAGACAAGCAGCAAAGGCAGGUAUUUCCAUCAUGACCGGGUGGACUGGGACGAAGGAAGCUCUGCUGGGAGUUACGUGUCCUGGUGGUGUAAGCCCCUGAAGGCAUUCAUGACCAGCUAUAGUGACGAGCACGAGGACUUUUUUGAUCUGAUUGACAAGAUGCUUCGUUAUGACCCAGCAGAGCGAAUUACUCUGAGAGAAGCCCUGAAACACCCUUUCUUCCUCCCCCUGAGACGGGCGAAAAGGGCGCUGCCUUCUGGGGCUGGGGAGGCUGAGCCAGGACUCUGUCCCCCCAGGAAGCGGUGGAAGAUGUUUGUUGGGUAG